GUACGCUUACACCCAUGUCUGAUAUCUCACCAAGAUAUGACACCUCUUGGAAGGAAAGAGUAGACUUCACCACUCAUUUUAAGUACGAUAUUCUCCUUAUAUGUCACUCUGGCCACGAAUACAGAUUUCCGAUCUUCGUAAGCUGUGGAGGCCCGUAUGGAACCUGGAAUAAUCCGCCCAAAUCCAUUGCGUAUGAAUCCCUCGAUGAGGAUGGCAAAGUCGAUGAUGAGGCGACUAGCGAUAUUGUAGGAAAAGAAAAAUCGCCACUUUUGCGUCUACCUACUGAGCUUCGAUUAAUGGUGUAUGAGUACGUGUUUGGCGGCUUCAUAGUUGGUACUGCAAACUUGCGCUCGCGUUGUGUUCCUCACCAUCCGCCGAACUUGUUGCCCCAACCACCGUGGCUGGAAUUCAAUCAUAGUAUCAAGACGAACUAUAAGGGUGGUUCAAACUCCGGCUUCAAGCUCUUUGGCCUGCUCCGCACAUGCAAAAAGGUCUAUAAAGAGGCUGCUUACCUUUUCUACAGCAUCAACUAUUUCUCAGGGUUUAGUCCCCGGUCAUUCAGUCACUUCCUGAGCAUUCUUACACAAGCGCAGCAACAUUCAAUACAUACUGUUAGUAGCUUGGUGACAGUGGGUCAUCCCCAGUUGGAAAGUGAUCUACAAUGCCUUCGUGGGCUAAAGAAACUUCGAUUUCGGCGGCAUAUUUAUGACGUUCAUCUAUCGAUAAGUCACAAAGAUUACUACGAGAAGCUCUUUAAAUCACUGGGGAGUCAAAAUUCAGAUAGAAACAUCGUUUUCAAAUUGAAGGCCACAUUUCGUAAUGGAGGUAAAUUGUUGGCCGAGGGAGUUACGGGCAAAGACUCUUCAUUGAGGUGGAUGGCUUCAACCGAUUAA